ACGGGGCCUCGGGGCCGCUGGGCUCAGGGACGUGGCCGUGCCGCCCGCCCUCUCGCAGUACGGCCUCCGUCAGUGCUCGACGGGCACACGGGGGCGGGCACCAGGGCACGCCCCCUCCGGGCCUCUACGACAGCGCGUCCUCCUGCCCGCCAGGGGGCGCUGUGCGCGCCGCGCGCUUCCGGCGUCCGCUCCCGCUUCCGGCGUCCUUUGCGCUCUCUUUCUCGGCGGCCGCCGCAGCCAUGGGACGUGUGAGGACGAAGACGGUGAAGAAGGCGGCGCGGGUGAUCAUCGAGAAGUACUACACCCGGCUGGGCAACGACUUCCACACCAACAAGCGCGUGUGCGAGGAGAUCGCCAUCAUCCCCAGCAAGAAGCUGCGCAACAAGAUCGCGGGGUAUGUCACCCACCUGAUGAAGCGCAUCCAGCGGGGCCCCGUCCGAGGCAUCUCCAUCAAGCUGCAGGAGGAGGAGAGGGAGCGCCGGGACAACUACGUGCCCGAGGUCUCUGCUCUCGACCAAGAGAUCAUUGAAGUGGACCCGGACACCAAGGAAAUGCUGAAGCUCCUGGACUUUGGCAGCCUGUCCAACCUGCAGGUCACGCAGCCCACUGUGGGGAUGAACUUCAAAACGCCGCGAGGUGCUCUCUGAGCCACUCGUUAUGUUGCUUUUACAAUAAAUGUGGAAACCAA